CUUCGUUUUGUUUCUGCUUUGAAGGUUGUAGCUGGGAAUCAUAAUUUACAACAAAAAUGAUUUCAGGAAAUCCAUAUUUAAACAUUCAAGGUCCUUUUGGAAACUUUUCAGAAAAUGAAAAAAAGCAGACUUGUUUUAGGCUCCGUAUUCAGACCUGGGUUUACAUACAUUGUGGGAUCAGUAUUGCUACCUCAAUAAUUGGAAUCACGCUUGGAGUAUUACUUUUGGUCAAAACAGAAUGGCAUGAGAAAUUGUUUAUUUAUAAAUUGACGUUUGCAUACAUCCGACGUGCUGAUCCCGUACGAUAUUGGAUUGCAUAUCGAAUAUUUUUCGGUUUUUGGAUUUCUCUGCAUUCUCUUCACUUGCUUUCAAUAAUUUCCACAGUUGUAGCUGUACAUAAAAGCAACCUAAAACUUCUUAAACCGCAACUUUUGGUUCUCGUGCUUCAAAUUGGGCUCUUCGUUAUUGCCAUUUCAAGUUUAGUCGUGUACAGUAUGACUGGAUCUCGCGUUGCUUGGUUUACCCUGAUAGUUAUAAUAUUUCAUACUUUAUUUGCAUGCACAAACUUGUAUCUACUCGCAAAAUUUCAUCGGUUUUUGGACGAGAAAUUGAUGAUUCUAAACGAAAUUCUGAGCGCUCAAGCAAAAUCGGUACACUUCAAGGACGACUCAUCGAACUCUUAAUUGAUUAAUUGAAUUUGAUAUUCAAUAUUGGAAUUUCACUUUGUGAACGUAUCAAAUCAAAUAAAUUGAUUACGGUU